AUGGUGGAAUAUCGCAGGAGUUCGGCCUUCACCUUUGGCAACAUUGUGGGGGAUCCCUUCGCGUUGGCCACAAUCUCAAUCGCUCUGCUUGCAUGGGUGAUUGCAUUCAUUUCUUCCAUCAUUGCAGAUGUCAAUGAUCCUUUCCCCAAGUACGCAUGGUGGAGUGUUGCCUACAUGUUAUGCUGUAUCGUGGGCGUCACAGUCGUCUUCGGAACCAACACCAGUCACAUCUACAGUAUCGCCGUGGUCGGGUUUCUGUCUGCAGCCAUCGUCAUGACUACAUCCACCGUCAAUCAACUAAUAUACUCACCAAAGGGCGCCAUGGAAGCUGCCGCUGCUGGCCACAUUCUGCUCUCCAUUGUCACCGUUAUCUGGGUCUUUUACUUUGGUUCCACUCCCCAAGCCUCGCAUAGAAUGUUCAUCGACCAACUCGCUCUCAACAAGGAGGGUGGCGAUUUCCGUGGCCCAGCCCAAAGCAUGACCAAUGUCUACCGCUCAGACACGACACCAACAGCUCCACCCCCACAGAUGUACACCUCUGCUCAACUAAAUGGCUUCGAGACUUCGUCUCCCGUUUCUGGUUACCCAGGUGGACCAGCAGGCUCGGCCGCACGCGCGUCGGCACAACCGAUGGCCAACACAGCCAGCGCCCCUGCCCCGGUGGCUGAGGCUCCACAGCCAACAGAAUAUCCUUAUCGUGCCAAGGCCAUCUACAGCUAUGAGGCCAAUCCCGACGACGCCAACGAGAUAAGUUUCAGCAAACAUGAAAUCCUCGAAGUCUCAGAUGUCAGCGGGCGAUGGUGGCAAGCCAAGAAGGAGAACGGUGAUACCGGUAUCGCUCCGAGCAAUUACUUGAUCCUAUUAUAA